ACGAGGAUAGUGAAUUCGCCGGGCAACUGGUGACAAGGAUCACGAAGCCGCCAAGCAAUAGGCGACUAGGAUCGGAAAGCCACCAAGCAUCCGGCGACGAGAAGCGUGGAUUCGCCAACAUCUGGCAACGAGGUUAUAAAUUCGCCGGGCAAGGGCGAAGAACAGUUACAAAAUCGCGAGAGUGAGUAGUUCGUGUGAUGGCUGCUACAACGCCUAGCACAAUAAAUCUCGAGCCGUUCGAUCCAGACAAAGGUCCCUGGUCGGAUUGGCAAGAACGCCUCGAGAGUGCCUUCAGACUGCACAAGAUUGCGGAAGACUUGAAGGUGGAUGGAUUAUUGAACUGCCUAGGUUCAACGGCAUACAGCACGCUCAAGAACAGGCUUGUACCUAAAAAGCCAGGUUCGGAAUCUUACGCCACGUGCACGAAAGUACUACAAGACUUCUACGAGCCGAAGCCCAAUGAAAUCGCAGAAAAUUUCAAGCUCUGGACUCGGAAACAAGAAGAAGGAGAGAACAUUCAAAGCUUCAUCACGGCCCUGCAGAAAUGCUCAAUUAAUUGCAAGUUAGGAGACUUCGCAAGUACAACGAUACGGAACGCAUUCGUUUUCGGCCUGAGGAACAAGCGAAUACAGAACCGGCUACUGGAAACACAGGAUCUGACGCUGGAAAGGGCAAUCGAGAUCGCUACCACGAUGGAACUGUCCGAGGCGGAAACCAGCCGACUUCAAGGGGAAGCCAUCGCUGCCGCCAUCCAGACUACAAAGAGAUCGCCGUACAAAGAUAAGUCUAAACAUACAAAAAAGGUCGCGUCGCGUAACAAUACGAAUAGCGAGCGCGCGAGCGGUCAAAACAUAACGUGUUUUCGGUGCGGCAAGCAUCACUACGCAUCUGUUUGUACGAUGCAGCGUAACAUCAAAUGUUUAUCGUGCGGUAAAUCGGGACACAUAAAGAAGGUAUGCAAGUUGAAAGCGUUAAAGUAUAAUAAAUCCGAAAGUCAAGCGUUAGAUAUCUUAGCAGCAGAGCAUACCGAAUUUCGUAAAAAAAUUUACUCGACGUUAAAUGUAAACGGACGAAAUGUACAAUUCGAGGUAGACAGUGGCGCAUCCGUUACCUUAAUGUCUGUCGACAACGCGAGAUUAUUAUUUAAAGGCGAAACGGUGUUUAAAACGGAUUUGAAAUUAGUUGCCGCAAAUCAGACACCGAUACAACUGUACGGUUACAUUACGGUUAAAGUAAGAAGCGAUGAAUCUGUGUGUGAACUAAAUAUGUACCUUACGGUACAACCUAGAGAACCACUUCUCGGAAGAGAGUGGAUGCUACAAUUACGCGAGUUCAAAAGUAUUCUGAAAUCUCUGGGUCAGAUACAAUCCGUUAAUACAAUGUCAAAAUCAUCGCGGAUACAGGAAUUAUUGAAAGAUUUUCCAAAAUUAGCAGACCCCUCAAUAUCAAAAGUUUCAAACAUUCAGGCAAGGUUAAACGUAAAAGCUAAUAUAACGCCAGUUUUUCUGAGACCAAGGUCUGUUCCUUUUCGAUUGCGCGCGAAAGUAGAGGAAGAAUUAGAUAAACUCGUGAAUGCGGGUAUUUUCGAAAAGGUAGAUUGUGCCGAUUGGGCUACGCCGAUAGUGCCAGUCAUCAAAAAGGAUGGAUCGGUACGAAUUUGCGGGGACUAUAGCGUCACACUUAAUCCCAAUUUGAAAAUUGAUGCUCACCCCUUGCCGACCCCUGAUGAAUUGCUUACGCAAAUGGCGGGUGGCACAAUAUUUUCAAAGAUUGAUCUAACACAAGCGUAUUUACAGUUAGAGGUACGUCCUCAAGACCGCGAAUAUCUUACACUCAAUACACACAAGGGUCUAUACAGACCAACACGACUGAUGUACGGUAUUGCAUCAGCCCCGGCCAUUUGGCAAAGGACGAUUGAAAAUAUCUUGAAGGAUAUUCCGGGAGUCGUGGUAUUUCUCGACGACAUACGCAUUGCUGGAUCCUCUCCGAAGGAUCAUAUGGAAAAAUUACGUACGGUUUUUACGCGAUUGCAAAAAUACAAUAUUCGGAUUAAUCUUCAAAAAAGUGAAUUUUGCACGGAUCAAAUACAAUAUUGCGGUUACAUUAUUAAUAGUAAAGGCAUAAAUAAAGCGCCCGAGAAAAUAGAAGCAAUUAAAGAAAUGCGGAAACCUAAUAAUAUUACCGAAUUACGCAGUUUUUUAGGUAUGAUCCACUAUUACGAUCGUUUCAUUCCAAAGUUGAGUUCGAUUCUGCAACCCUUGAACAAACUACUUCAGAAAAAUGUUGUGUUCAAGUGGUCUGCCGCUUGUGAGAAAAGCUUCCAAGAAGCUAAACGAGCAUUCGUUAGUCCGCGAUGCUUAGCCCAUUUCGAUCCGACAUUACCUAUUACACUCGCUACCGACGCCAGCCCGUACGGCGUUGGUGCGGUCCUUUCUCACAUUUUUCCGGACGGCUCGGAACGAGCCAUACAGUUUGCCUCACAAACACUUUCGAAAACUCAACAGUCGUAUUCCCAAAUAGAUAAGGAAGCAUACGCAAUCAUUUUCGGUAUAAAAAAGUUUUACCAGUUCUUACAAGGAUCUAAAUUCACGUUGAUAACGGACCAUCGUCCACUUACGCAAAUAUUAUCACCAACGAAAGGUUUACCUACAUUUACAGCAUCACGAAUGCAGCAUUACGCGUUAAUAUUACAAGGAUUCAAUUACAAUAUCGUUUACAGAAAAUCGGAACAGCAUGCUAAUGCUGAUUGCCUUUCGAGACUCCCUAUACCAAGCACCGGUCAAUGUGAUGCAAUUGACGCGCUGCAAAAUACUACGUUCGAGACAUUACCCGUUACAGCCACACAAGUAGUAGAAGCUACUGGCAAGGAUAAAGAAUUAGCGAAGCUACGGGAAUUUCUUAAGACAGGUUCAGGUUCUUUUAAGAAUAACAAAUUCUAUACGGUUCCACUUAGUGAAUUUUCUCUAUUAAAUAAUGUCAUUUUUAGAGGACAUAGAAUCGUGGUUCCAACCAUGUUACAAAAGAAAAUCCUACACGAAUUACACACCGGACAUUUCGGCAUCGUUAGGAUGAAACUGCUAGCACGUAGUUACGUGUGGUGGAACAAGAUAGACUACGAUAUCGAACAAUUAGCUCAAAAUUGUUUUGAUUGCAAUUCAUUCAAAAAUAAUCCAGUUAAAGUAUCGAAUCACAUCUGGGAACCAGCACAGAACCCAUUCGAACGUGUUCAUGUAGACUUCGCGGGUCCAUUUCUGGGACAUUAUUUCUUUAUUUUAAUCGACGCGUAUACGAAAUGGCCAGAAAUACACUUGGUCAAGGAUAUAACUACGCGUACUACAAUAAACCUUUGCAGGCAAAUAUUUUACACGUAUGGAUUGCCUCAGUACUUUGUGAGUGAUAAUGCGAGAACGUUCACAUCCAACGAAUUUGCAAAGUUCUUAAAAUCGCUAGGUAUCACACACAAAUUUACCGCUCCUUACCAUCCUGCCACGAAUGGGCAGGCCGAGCGAUACGUACAAAUAUUAAAGAAUUCGUUAAAGCGCAUGCGAACUACAAAUGUGAAUGCAUAUGUAGAUUUACAAGAGUUACUUUUUCAGUAUAGAAAUACGCCACAUGCAGCAACGGGAUAUUCUCCCGCGGAACUUCUUUUUUCUAGGAAAGUACGAACGCGUUUUGAUCUGUUACGACCGUCUAGUACUAAGCAUACUACAUGUAAUACUUUUCCUUUCAAAUUUACGGUGGGGAAGAGAGUUAGCUGCCGAGAUUACACCGGGGAAACAAAAUGGUUAUUCGGAAAUAUUGUUGAGCAGAUCGGCGAGCUACACUUCAAAAUACGUCUGGACGACGGCCGCGUUUGGAAAAGACAUGUUAACCAAAUGCGACCGAUCGGUGAGGAUACACCCCGCAAUAGGAAUAGCGAAAGUGAUUACGAUUAUUUCGACUAUGACCCACCGAGAAAUAGUUCUAACGAAAACAUUCGUAACGAGAACAAUCCAGAUAGCAACGCGAACGAUGUAAGAAACACGGUGAGCGAAGACAUUAGCGAUAGGACUAUUGUAAAUGCGAGUCCAUCCGGAACUUCUACUCCUAGGGAAAGUACACCCUCGACAUCAGGUCCGUCAUACUCUUCGUUAACUGCUCAGGAAUCAGAUUCUUCAUUAUAUUCAACACCGACGGCACCCUCUAGAACAUCUACGCCGAAACCGUCUUUGCCACCGAAACCUGUAAGCCUUAAAACUACUCCUACAUCAGCACGCCCUUUACGUUCAACCAAAGUGCCUUUACAUUUGAAAGAUUACAUUUUGUUCAAGUGACCUUUUGCAUUACUAAGUAAGGGGAGUGUUGU